AUGGCGCCGCGGCGGGGCGGGCCGGUGGGGUACGCGCUGCUGUGCGGGCAGGCCGCGCUGCUGCUCGGCAACCUGCUGCUGCUGCACGGCGCCUCCCGCGGCCUCCCACACAACGGCACCGAGGCCGACGCGCCCGGGCCGGGGCCACCCGCCGCCGCCUGGGCCUACACCGACCCGCGAGCGCCGCUCGUCCUCUGCACCUACCUCCCCGAGGAGUUCGUGGAGUGCGAGGAGCCGGUGGAUCACGGCGGGAACGCCACGGCGCAGCAGGAGCUGGGCCACGGCUGCGUGAAGUUCGGCGGACAGGCCUACGGCGAGGUGGACCGCACCCGGGUGCAGUGCCGAGCGCUGGACGGCAUCGAGUGCGCCGAGCCGCGGAGCUUCCUGCGGGGCAGCAGGCCCUGCGUCAAGUACACUGGACAUUAUUUUAUAACCACUCUGCUCUACUCGUUUUUCCUGGGUUGCUUCGGAGUGGAUCGAUUCUGCCUGGGCCACACCGGGACCGCCGUGGGGAAACUGCUGACCCUCGGAGGACUGGGGAUCUGGUGGUUCGUUGAUCUGAUUCUCCUCAUCACCGGCGGGCUGAUGCCCAGCGACGGCAGCAACUGGUGCACCGUGUACUGAGAGGAGCAGAGCUGACCCCAAAAGAGGCUAACGGCAUCUCUGCAGGACGGGAGAUGGGACCCCUCCGCCUGUUCUGCAGCAUCGGAACAGACUUCUGCCUUGCACAAACACGGAUUUACAAAGCUGUAACUUAACGCGCAGAACAAUUCCUCUUGUUAAUUCCUCUGUACAAACCUGGGACACAAAAUUGUUCGGUAUAUGUUUUGCUUGUUUAAAAUAAUCUGGGUUCCCCCCACCCCCCCCAAAGCGGUGACAGUUUAAGAAAUCAGACCUUGCAAACAGAGGUGGUCAAACAAGUCUUAAUAAAGUCUGGAAGGAGCUGACCCCCCGUACUUUCAGUAUUAGCAGAGGACACACAGCCACACAGAGACGCAGGCCACUAGCGUGUGGUUUUGUGUUACUAGACUUUGCAAACCUUUAAGGUUGAGUAACCCAACACAAUGUUACAGAGACUCUGUGGCAAAGCGAUGAGCUCUAAUUCUACGCUGUUUGUUUAAAACCAUGUUCACUGGCUGCAGGGGAAGCUGGGCUAGAUUUAGUAGAAACUGCACCCUUUGGAGAACAUUACUUUCCACUCUCUUGCAGGCGGGGAAAGCCACAGUGCAGCAAAUAAAGUUACUAUUCAGGCCUCUCAAAAGAAGCGCUUGUGUCUAUUGAUGUAACUCUCCCUGCCAUGCUCAUCUUACAGAAACAUCUGCAGGACACUGCAACCACUCCAUCGUAGUACAUGUGUUAUUUUAAAAUUAUCUGUUUCUCUUCCU